GGCCAUGGAGCUCACGGCGUCGCCCAAGCCCCAGCUCUCCUCCAGGGCCAACGCGUUCUCCAUCGCCGCGCUCAUGUCCAGCGGCGGCUCCAAGGAGAAGGAGGCGGCGGAGAGCACCAUCAAACCGCUGGAGCAAUUUGUGGAGAAGUCGCCCUGCGCCCAGCCCCUGGGCGAGAUUCCGGGCCUGGAGGCGGAGUUCGGGGGCGCCGGCGCCCCCUCUUCAUCGCCCUGCACGGAGCCCUUGAUCCCCACCACGCCCGUCAUCCCCAGCGAGGAAAUGGCCAAGAUCGCUUGCAGCCUGGAGACCAAGGAGCUGUGGGACAAGUUCCAUGAGCUGGGCACAGAGAUGAUCAUCACCAAGUCGGGCAGGAGAAUGUUCCCCACGAUCCGGGUGUCGUUCGCGGGAGUGGACGCCGAGGCCAAAUACAUCGUUCUGAUGGACGUGGUUCCGGUGGACAACAAGAGGUACCGCUACGCCUACCACCGGUCCUCCUGGCUGGUGGCGGGCAAGGCCGACCCUCCGCUGCCAGCCAGGCUGUACGUGCACCCAGACUCUCCCUUCACUGGCGAGCAGCUACUCAAACAGAUGGUGUCUUUUGAAAAGGUGAAGCUCACCAACAAUGAGCUGGACCAGCAUGGCCAUAUAAUUUUGAACUCGAUGCAUAAGUAUCAGCCACGGGUGCAUAUCAUAAAGAAGAAAGACCAUACCGCCUCCCUGCUCAACCUGAAGUCUGAGGAGUUCAGGACAUUCAUCUUUCCAGAGACGGUGUUCACUGCUGUCACAGCCUACCAGAACCAGCUGAUAACCAAGCUGAAAAUAGACAGCAAUCCUUUCGCCAAAGGAUUUCGGGACUCCUCCAGGCUCACGGACAUCGAGAGGGAAAGUGUGGAGAGCCUGAUCCAGAAGCAUUCCUAUGCCCGCUCGCCCAUUCGCACCUAUGGAGGAGAGGAAGAGGUCCUGGGAGAUGAGAGUCAGACAACUUCAAAUAGAGGUUCAGCCUUUACAACAUCUGACAAUCUGUCUCUCAGCUCCUGGGUGUCAUCUUCUCCCAGUUUCCCUGGGUUCCAGCACCCCCAGUCCCUGACUGCUCUUGGAACCAGCACAGCUUCCAUAGCGACCCCCAUCCCUCACCCCAUUCAGGGGUCUCUGCCUCCGUAUAGCCGGCUGGGGAUGCCUCUGACCCCAUCAGCCAUCGCCAGCUCCAUGCAAGGGAGUGGCCCCACGUUCCCUUCCUUCCACAUGCCUCGAUACCACCACUACUUCCAGCAGGGCCCCUACGCCGCCAUCCAGGGACUCCGCCACUCCUCUGCCGUGAUGACGCCAUUUGUAUGA